AUGAGUUUUCUCCAGUUUUCCAUCAGCCGUCUGAUUUCUCCGACAGUGUACCCACACCGUCACCGUCGGGUGAAGGCGUGCGCAAACGUGGAGGUUCACACACCAAAUUCUGUGAAGAAGGCUGUGGGGGUGAGCAAAGAGCUGAUGGAGGCCGAGGGUAGGGUACUAGUUGGGACGUAUGCCAGAGCGCCAGCGGUGUUCUCCAGCAGCAAAGGUUGUAAAUUGUACAACCCCGAGGGGCGGGAGUAUCUGGACUUGUCUUCUGGGAUAGGCGUCAACGCGUUCGGACACGGCAACCCAGACUGGGUACGGGUGGUCAUGGAGCAGGCCGGUAUGCUUACCCAUGUCAGUAAUGCCUAUUAUGCGAUCCCACAGGUGGAGCUCACGAAACGCAUUGUGGAUUGUACGACGUUUGCUGAUCGUGUAUUUUUCUGCAACACUGGAACCGAAGCCAACGAAGCUGCUAUUAAAUUCGCGAGAAGGUUUCAAAGAUUUACGCACCCAGAAGCGGAACAGCCCCAGAUAGAGUUCAUUUCCUUCAGGAACAGCUUCCAUGGGAGAACAGUGGGAUCCCUUGCAUUGACAAGCAAAGGGCAUUACCGAUCACCCUUUGAACCCCUCAUGCCAGGAGUUACUUUCCUGGAGUAUGGGAAUAUAGAAGCUGCAACACAACUGAUUCAACGUAGAAAAAUCGCUGCUGUGUUUUUGGAGCCCAUCCAGGGCGAGGGCGGCAUAUAGAGUGCUCGAAGGGAAUUUUUAUAUUCCUUGCGGAGAGCUUGUGAUGAUUCUGGCUCACUUCUUGUCUUUGACGAGGUGCAAUGUGGACUGGGUUGUACUGGUUAUCUAUGGGCGCAUGAAGCGUAUGGUAUAGUCCCAGAUAUUAUGAUACGUGCAAAGCCUCUUGCCGGAGGCCUUCCCAUAGGAGCUAUGCUGGUGACUGAGAAAGUUGCCGCCGCCAUUCGUUACCGAGAUCACGGCAGCACGUUUGCAGGUGGCCCACUUGUUUGUACUGCUGCUCUAGCCGUUUUGGAGAAAGUCUCAAGCCUUGGUUUUUUGGCCAGUGUCUCAAACAAAGGUCAGUACUUCAAAGAACUGCUGAUUAAAAAGCUAGGAGGCAACUCUCAUGUGCGAGAAGUACGAGGCCUAGGGCUUAUCAUUGGGAUAGAACUGGAUGUAUCCGCUUCACCGCUAGUAGAUGCCUGUCAAAACUCUGGCCUUCUAGUGUUAACUGCGGGAAAAGGAAACGUUAUUAGACUUCUUCCGCCAUUGAUCAUCACAGAGCAGGAAUUGGAGCAUGCAGCUGGGAUUCUGCUUGGAGGUAUACCGGCACUGGACAAGGGUAACUGA